UAGCUGCCUCAUUUUCACCUCAUUAUCAGAACAUCCUCGUUUUGACUUUAGGCCAAUCUUCAGGUUGGUUUGGUUUUGUCAGCACUUUUUAGACAAAAAACUGCAGACGCAUUUUGUAAAUUGUCUAAAAUGAGUUCCAUCGGUACAGGGUAUGAUUUGUCAGCAAAUCAGUUUUCUCCUGAUGGCAGAGUAUUUCAAGUAGAGUAUGCCAUGAAAGCAGUGGAAAAUAGCAGUACAGCAAUUGCAAUACGAUGCAGAGAUGGAGUUAUAUUUGCUGUUGAAAAACUCAUUACCUCAAAACUUCAUGAAUCUGGGACUGGUCAUCGCAUUUUUAAUGUGGAUAAGCAUGUUGGAAUGGCAGUGGCUGGAGUUCUAGCUGAUGCCAGACAGGUUGUCAAAAUUGCUAGAGAAGAGGCAGCAGAUUACAGGGCUGUUUUUGGAUCACCUAUUCCUCUUAAGUAUCUGGUUGAAAGGGUAGCAGGGUAUAUUCAUUUAUAUACACUGUACAGUGCUUAUAGACCAUUUGGUUGUAGUAUUUUACUUAGCUCAUACGAACAUGGUAAACCUGGCUUGUACAUGAUAGAUCCAUCUGGUGUAUUUUAUGGUUACUGGGGUUGUGCCAUUGGAAAGGCAAAACAAAAUGCACAAACUGAGAUUGAAAAAUUGAAGGUUACAGACUAUGACUGCAAAGAAGCUGUAAAUGUUGCUGCAAAGAUCAUUCAUAUCAUCCACGAUGAGGUAAAAGACAAGUCCUUUGAGCUAGAGAUGAGCUGGGUCGGAGAAGCAUCUGGUGGUCAACAUGAGAUUGUCCCUAAAGCCAUGAUCCAGGAAGCUGAAGAUUUGGCAAAGAAGGCGAUGGAAGAAGACUCAGACUCGGACGAAGAGCUAUAGUUCUGAGAUGAUGCAACAAAAGUUGAAAAAAUCACUGUUUUUGCAGAAGAAGCUGUGGGGACACAAUUCGGUGUUCACUGCGAUGUAUUUCUUCAUCCCCAUUUAGUAAAAAAUAUUAUUUGAAGUUUUAUGAAACAUUUCAAAAGCCUUUUAUUCAAAAGCGUCAAAUAUUUAAUAUGUAGAGCGUUUCCUGCAUUACCAUUGAUCUGAUUGC